GUUUCACGUGUCUCGUGUGACGUUCCGAACCUUAUUCUUCGAACGUGCUAACGAACCAUUAUUACGUUAACACGAAUCGAUAUUUAUUCAAACACUGCUUUCUUCCAACAUAUCCACUCUCUAUCGGUCCACGUCAAUAUAGACUAUCGUCAUUCUUACAAUUAGUUUUAUUCGUCCUUCGUGACAGAAUUUCUCUUCGUUGCUUCCCGACCGACGUUCUGACAGUCUAACGAGAUUCGCCUCUCGUACUCUCGAAAUUGACCUGCUCGGGUGCAUCCGGUGUAUCGAGGGACCCUCGAUCUCUCGUACGAAAUGAAAAGAGCCAGACGUACUUUCGCUGCUCGUAAGAUCCGCCGAGUGAAACCGAUUGUUCCGUCGCGUGUGAACGCCCCCUUGGCGCCUAUAUAGUCGACUGAUCGUGGGUGUUGGAUCAACAGUAUUGUUUUGGAACCCGGUCGCCUUACUUCCACUUCGUUCUAUGUUCCUAUCUUAAGAAAUUUUCCAUCUUCACGUGAUUUCCUUCCUUCGACGAUGAAAAUGACGACGAAUAGUUUCGUUAGGUGAGAGUAGACUACCUUGAGGGAAAAUGGAUCGAUCGUACGUUCGAUAAAUUUACUGAAACACGAACUCUUCUACGCAGAAUGGAACGAUCGGCCUAGUCGCAUCCAGGAAACUUCCGUCGCGGAAAAAUCCAUACGAAAACUUUAUCAACUUUCUCUACGAUCUUCUAAAAGCUUUGUUCUCAUUUAUGAAACCCAUAUCGUUGUCAUGAAGCACGGAUUGAGAAGCUUGUGUCUUUUAAUUUUCAUUUCCACGGGUAUCACAGCGAUCAUGGAGCCAAUCGAGGAAUCAAUCUUGGCUAGCGAAGAUCCAACCAGCUUCAACGAAGCUUUUACUGCCUGUUUGGCUCGGAAAGAAUUUGGGACCUUCGAAUGUGUCAAUCGUGGUGCCCUAAGUGCUCUUCAAUCGCUUAAUCACAAGGAUGACCUGGAUUUUGGAAACGUGCAUUUGGAGAGGGCAGACGGUCAAAGUAGACAACUUCUAGAUUGGGAUUACGAUCCAAAGGAUUUUGGGAACAUCGUGGAAGCGACGACUAAAUUGAUCGAACGUAGAAGUCUUAAAUGGAAUUUAGAUAACCUGUAUCCAGGAUUGCAGUUGCGAGCUGGACCGAUGUUAAAUGGGAAUGGGAUUAUGGAAUUCGUCAUCAAUGAAAGAGCAACGUCUUUUGGUGAUAGGCAAGCUGGUCCAGGAAGGCAAAUGGUGAGACACCUGCUGCUACCGUUCCUCCUAGGCUUCAAGUUCAAUUUGGCUUCUCUUAUUCCAUUGCUAUUUGGAUUUUUGCUGAUACUCACGAAGAAAGCUUUAUUAUUGACGAAGGUAGCACUGGUGAUUAGUGGUUUGUUGGGUUGGAACUCUUUGUUGUCUGCUGGUUCGUCUCAUUAUCCAGGGGGAGGAUUCCAUACGCAUGGACACGAGAUACCAGUCGGAGGAUUUCCGUACUACGAGCAUUAUAAUUUCCAUCAUAGACCGUAUAGGGUAUUUCAGGGCAACGACUUCGAACCGUACAGUCAGCAUGUGAUUAGAGAGGUCGUCGACGUUCACGAUAACACAGAGGAAGUGGGGAAGAACAAACGGAAUGGCAAGAAUUUCGUCUGGGUAAAAAGUAGCUGAUGUGGCCAUUCAUGCUUUCUAUUACUGUGAUCGAUGUGGUAAUAUCUCGUAAAAAGUUGACUUCGUUUGAACGUUUUUACAUAAUGUAGUCUGGAAAAUGAAGAAACAUUUAAAUUCACACGAUAUUGCACAGUAUUAUAUACCCGUCGCUACUGACAGGAUGUAUUUAUUCAAUAUUACUACCUUUUCCA